UUUGGUCUAUUUUUAUUUUCUGAAAACAUUUUACAUUUCUUGUAAAAUUAAAAGAAGAAAUAUGAAGUUUGCAGAGCAUUUAACGGCGCACAUAACGCCAGAAUGGCGAAAACAAUAUAUAAAUUAUGAGGAAAUGAAAGCAAUGCUUUAUGCGGCAGUGGAACAGGCACCUUCUGCAGAACUAGUAGAUCCAGAGGUUCUUACACGUUAUUUUGCAAAAUUCGAUGAAGAGUUUUUUCAUUAUUGUGACAAGGAGUUGGCUAAAAUUAAUACAUUUUAUUCAGAAAAAAUGGCAGAGGCGACAAGAAAGUAUGGAAGUUUACGUAGUGAGUUAACAGAAGCAUUAGAAAUGGGUCACGUGAAAAAGCAACCAGCUUGGAAGUCCAAAACUCCGCUCGGAAAGAAAAAUGUACCUGCGCGUAAAAUACAUGAACUCAAAUUGGCAUUUAGUGAAUUUUAUUUGGGUCUUAUAUUAUUACAAAAUUAUCAAAAUUUGAAUUUUACUGGAUUUCGCAAAAUACUUAAAAAACAUGAUAAAUUAUUAAGUGUUGAUUUUGGAGCCAAAUGGCGUAAGGAUAAUGUAGAGAUAGCACAUUUUUAUGUUAACAAAGAUAUCGAUCGGAUUAUACAGGAGACUGAAACUGCAUUUACACAUGAUAUUGAACAUGGCGAUAGACAAAAAGCAAUGAAGCGUUUACGUGUACCACCUUUAGGUGAACAACAAAGUCCUUGGACAACAUUUAAAGUGGGUCUUUUCUCUGGUGCGUUCGUUGUACUCUUUGUAACUGUAGCUUUAUCAGCUAUAUUUCACGGUUUUGGUGAAGAUUGGCAUGUUGGGUUACGUAUGUUUCGUGGUCCGUUUCUGUUAAUUGAAUGUCUCUUUUUAUGGGGUGUCAAUGUAUAUGGUUGGCGCUCUUCCGGUGUUAAUCAUGUACUUAUUUUUGAAUUGGAUCCACGUAAUCAUUUGUCUGAACAGAAUAUAAUGGAAGUGGCCUCGGUAUUUGGUGUUAUAUGGGCGGUAUGUGUUUUGUGCUAUAUAUAUUGUGAUCCCAUGGGCAUACCACAAUACUCAGCACCAAUAUUUUUAUAUACUACAAUGAUUCUAUUCCUAUUGAAUCCAACAAAAACUUUUCAUCAUGAAGCACGUUACUGGGCUGUACGUGUCUUAAGCCGUGUUGUUAUGGCGCCGUUUUUCUUCGUAACAUUUGCAGAUUUCUGGCUAGCAGAUCAGCUAAAUAGUAUCGUACCUGCAUUUUUGGAUAUACCAUUUGUUUUAUGUUUUUUCAGUCAAAAUCCAACGUGGCAUAAAACUGGUGGAAGUGGACGAUUUUGUAUUGAAGAUAUAUCAAUUGCUCGACCUAUUGUUGCUAUCUUACCAACAUACUUUCGUUUUGCGCAAUGUAUACGUCGUUAUCGUGACACUAAGGAAGCCUUUCCACAUUUAAUGAAUGCAGCAAAAUAUGCAACUUCAUUUUUUGUUGUAAUUUUUUCAUAUAAAUUUCAAACGACCGGUGAUUAUUAUACCCACUCCAAGGAUAAUCCUUGGUUCUACUGUUGGAUUUUAGCAGCAAUCGUCUCGUCGUGCUAUGCCUAUACGUGGGACAUUAAAAUGGAUUGGGGUUUAUUCGAUGCGAAAGCAGGUGAUAACAAAUUCUUGCGAGAGGAAAUUGUUUACUCCUCAACGUGGUUUUAUUAUUUUGGUAUUAUUGAGGAUUUAAUUUUACGUUUCGCCUGGACAGUAUCGAUGAGCUUAAUCGAAGCUGGUUAUAUCGAAGGUGAUGUUAUGGUUACAAUUCUAAGUCCUUUGGAAGUAUUUAGACGUUUUAUUUGGAAUUAUUUUCGUUUGGAAAAUGAACACUUAAAUAACUGCGGUAAAUUUCGUGCAGUGCGUGAUAUUUCCGUUGCACCAAUGGAUUGUUCAGACCAAACUACAAUAUUACGCAUGAUGGAUGAGGAGGACGGCGUUGUUAAUCGCCGUGGUAAAACAAAAACGGCAUCUAAAAAGAAGGUCGCCGAACAGAGGCUGUUAUUCCAAAGCGAAUCUGUUGAAGAUUUAUGCUCAUAAAUGCGGUUAAUUACUGCAGCAAGGAUAUGUGUAGGCGGUUGGAAAUGUUAAUGAAAUUGUUUAAUGGCUUAAAAUAUUGCUCAUUUGAAUUGAAUAUUGUUGCCUCUGCAUGCGGUCAUUGCGAAUCGCUGUAAUGUGAAAUUAUAUUUUUGAGCUAAUAUCAAGGAUACCGCAGAUUAUACAUCAAAUGUUUAUUGUUCACUUGUAAAAUCAAAAUAAGCAUAUCUGAAGCGUAUAUAAGUAAUUGUAAUAUACCAACAUUAUUGAAUUUUGAUGUGCAAAUUAUAUAAUAUUUUAUAAAUUCAUUUUUUUUUAAUUUAUUA